AUGUCCCUCGGCCAAUUCCACGUCGGCCUUGCUUUCCAGCUCUGUCGAUCCGCUACGCUGGACCUCGAAUCCACAUACACUGUCGACGACGCGACCACAGAGCGGAAGAAAAGGCUCUUCUGGAGUCUUCAAUUGCUUGAGCAGUCGUACGGCCGACAACACGGUCUUUUGAGUGUCCCAACAGAGACAUGGCGACCAUCUUAUUCUUCAAGUGGCAGAGGUCAGGGACCCGAUAGAGAAAUUGAUCAAAAGGCCCCGCCUUUGCCCAGGGAUGACCUGGGAUGUUCGACACCGACUGAGCCAGGAAUCUGGAACACAAGUGUCCAGCUAGGAUGGGUGUGGAGUCGGGUAAGAAAAUACGUGUCGAACUGUGCUCACAACAUAUGGAAGGAACCUUGGCGGCACGACUCGAUGUAUGCCAUGGUGCUCUCUGAUUUCAUGGAGACAGAGAACAGGAUACCCAUCUGCCACCGAUACGACUCGGUCAAAUUCUACGAGCGCAAAGUGGAAGAGUUGAAAAUCAACCGAGAUUAUUGGGCCCCGUGGCUGAGGGAGCAGUUCACGUACCAUGCGAUCCCUACCGUGUUGAACCACCCUUUCCUCUACAUCAUCGGGGCACAACACAAUCCCAACUUGGCAAUUCCGAAUACGUUUUGGAGGAGAUCUUCCGAGCUCGCCCUCUUACACUCUACCUGGAUUGUUCGCAUGAUUGACAUGGUCUUGGACAAACAAAUGCCGCUGGUCGAUCCAUUUUUCGGACAUGUCGCUGCCAUUGCAGCUACUGUGCAUCUCUAUUAUUGUUGUGCUGCCGAUUCCAGGUUGAAGCAUAAAUCAAACACGGACUUCGCAAAAUGCAGGAGGUUUCUGAAAAGCUUUGUACCCUUUUCACCCGCCUGUAAAGCUUUGGACUCUAAUCUAGACAAGAUGACGCGGAUUGCUGCCGGCUCCGAGAGCAUGGAUGUUGAAGACUGGAUGCCCUCCAAGAUCUACCUCAGUGUGCCUUUGAUGUGGGAUAUCCUACAGUUCAACUGUAUAGCGGAUCCUCGAGAGAUCCCCACGGCCGGCUUACUGGACGCCUGCCUCUCACCCGCGGUGCCUCAAAAAUACGCGGACGAGAGCUCAACCCUUGAGAUUAUUGUCGCCACCUCACCAGAAAUUUCUGUAAACACCGCUGAUGGAGGGCAAGAUGCUCCAAUAUUAUCGUACAGAGCUCCUGUUUCUUCAGCGCUAGAGUCUGCACAGAAGAAUGUCUGCAACGAAAUAUCUGUUGAACAAGCAGACAGUCUCACCCUGAACACGACCCCGUGGCUGUGGGCGGACCCUUCGCAAUUCGUCGGCAUGGGAGACAUGGGCUAUCACGACUCGCAGCCCGCAAUGGGCGAUGCUAGGGGCGCGGCAUGGUGGGAGGUCGAGAACAUUGGUAACGUCAUGUUCAAUCAUUUCUAG